CACUCUGCAGCUCAGUUACGCAGAGGUAUAUAAACCAGCCCAUUGGAGAUAGAGGCACAUUCAAUCCACAGAAGAGCUGCUAGCUACCACGACUACUGCUGCUACUGUUAGCCCUACCCAAGGAUCUUCCCUACUAGUGUUUGAAACCUUCAAACUACGCCGCAACAGGAUGGAGGCAGGCUUCCUAAACGGACCAUCCUACCCUUCCACGCUUCCAUAUUCGACAUGCAUGCUGAAGACCACCUGUCUGCCGUCUACGAAGAUCCCGGAGCCCGGCCACAUCCAUAGGAGUUCCUUCAGCAUCGAGUCCAUUCUUUCCAUGCCCCCCAGGGAUCUUGUGCAGCCCAAAGCGGGCGCGGGGUAUUGGGGCCCCCAGCCCUGCGUCAAACAGGUGCAGACCUACCCUGGCACCCCGAGCCCUCCUGUGCCAGUGUGGAUCCCUGGAUACCCGCGUCAGAGCUCAGCCUACUCCCCUUACUGUAUGGGCUACCGGCCACAGGCGCUGCACCAGGACACCCGCAACCAGCUCAUGUACAACAAAGGAUAUGAACCGGACAGAAAACUCGUGUCUAGAAAGAACUACGUUAGAAGGAGCUGCCGGAGGAUCCGGACCAUCUUCACCGAGGAACAGCUCCGCAGGCUGGAGGAAGUGUUCAGCAAGCAGCGCUACAUGACCGGCACCGAGAAGGUCCUCCUGGCCUCGGCGCUCAGACUCACCGAGACGCAGGUAAAGGUCUGGUUCCAGAACAGGAGAACCCGGUGGAGGAAGAUCCAGGGAGGCACAUCGGUUGGCUCAGCCGACACAUGCCUGGCCAAAAGCGACGGGCAAGGGCACGAUGAUCAUCUUUCCACCGGUGGAGAGGAGGAAGAAGACGAAUUCAUCUCCGUGGACGAGGAAGACUGUUGGUCACAGUAAAGCGCAACGCGCAGGACUGGAUACAUUGUUUCAAUGGUGGCCUUAAUAACUCAAUGGACUAAGUGUUUAUUCUUCAUCAGCUAGUGUAUGAUCAAAGACUGCUUCUUGUGUAACCGGUAUACAAGCUCUUGUGUAUAGACUGUAAAAUGAACUUCUUGUUAAACAAGACACUGUUUUAUUUGUGUUGCAUAUAUUUAACUCCACUGUGUGGAGAUGAGUGGCAUCUUACUGUGUGCAUUGUUCCAAUAAAUC